AUGGAGCCAUUUUCAGAUCAUGUUUUGGGUGUUGGAGGAUUUGGUAGAGUUUACAAAGGUUUGAUCAGUGAAGAUCUCAGGGAUGGGCUGCAACCCCUUCAAGUAGCAGUGAAAGUCCAUGAUGGUGAUAACAGUCAUCAAGGUCAUAGGGAAUGGCUGGUAUCCAUCUCCAAUAACUCAAUUGUUGGUUUUGUCUCAUCGCUUCCGAUUCCUUCGUCAAGAAAUAUGAGCGGACAACAGGAGAACGUUGCAGCUCCAAAGUUGAAUGAAAGGAUAUUGUCGUCAUUGUCCAAGAGAUCAGUGGCUGCCCAUCCUUGGCAUGAUCUUGAGAUAGGUAAAGAGGCCCCUGUUGUGUUCAAUGUGAUUGCCUCCCAAAAGGAUGCAAGGGUUAGAUUUGAACUUGUUAUUCAUAGAUCUAUCACUAUAUGA